UGUUGAUGUGAGAUCAGGUGUUCUUGACAUAGAAGACCAUGUCGGGCAGCUUCUAUUUUGUGAUUGUGGGACAUCAUGACAAUCCAGUAUUUGAGAUGGAGUUUUUGCCACCAGGAAAGACAGAGUCUAAGGAUGAUCAUCGCCAUCUGAACCAAUUCAUCGCUCAUGCAGCUCUGGACCUAGUAGAUGAGAACAUGUGGCUGUCAGGCAACAUGUACCUGAAGACAGUGGACAAGUUUAACGAAUGGUUUGUUUCUGCAUUUGUAACAGCGGGACAUAUGAGAUUCAUUAUGCUGCAUGAUGUCCGACAAGAAGAUGGAAUAAAGAAUUUCUUUAAUGAAGCAUAUGACUUAUACAUGAAGUUUGCCAUGAAUCCUUUUUAUGAAACAAACAGUCCUAUACGGUCUACUGCUUUUGAUCGUAAAAUACAGUUCUUGGGCAAGAAACAUCUACUAAGCUAAUUGAUGGUGUCGCUGAUGAACUGAGCAAGCUUGGUAUUUAUUUCAUUAUGGACCAGAGUGCAUCCUGUGAGAGCUACGACUUAUGUUUUGUUUGUUUUUUCUCCAAGAAACUUUUUUUUACAAUUGUUCUUAUGUUCAACUCUUUGCUUUAUGUGUAUUAUUACAGAUGUAUCCUAAAAUGAUUGUGAAAUUCGGCAAGAGACAAAUUGGAAACAUUUUUUUUUUCUCUUUUUGCAUUUGGUUAUGUGUACAAUUUAUUUAGCAACAUAAUUGUACAGGAAGUACUGCUAUGUAAUAUUUUUAACAUGAUCACAGGUUUGCCAUUUAAAAGCUGGCAUAGAU